UAUCCAUACAUGGGAACGUAAUGACGCCAUACGCACGUCUGGGAUUGAGCAGCUGGAGUUUGAAGUCAACAAUGGAAGUUGCUGUUCUCAGUUUUAUUCUUUUCAGCAGCGUCCUUCACACAGGUCAGCUUGCUGUGAUAGAAACAGAGGAGGCUGUGUGGGCAGCAGUGGGAGACCAAGCCUCUCUAAGCUGUCAGCUCACUGGAAACAGAGAAGUCCUUCAGGUCACCUGGCAGAAAGUCCUCUCUGAUGGAGAGAUGAAUCUGGCCACCUACACCAAGAAAUUUGGUUCAAGGGUGAGUGCUGGUCUGGAGGAAAAGAUGGAUUUUCAGUAUAAAGGUCUGCAGAGCUGCUCCAUGGUGAUCAGGAAGGUGACGGAGCAGGAUGAAGGCUGCUAUAGAUGUUUGUUUAACACCUAUCCUCUAGGAGCCCUGAUAGGCAGGACCUGCCUCAGACUCUCUGAGCUGCAUGGACCCGUCCUUGAUGUCAGCAGAUCAAGCUCUCCUGCAGGGUCAGUUGUGUCCUGUUCAGCCACAGGUCGACCUGCUCCCACUGUAACACUGACUGCUCCACAGCAGAACCUCAGCUUGUCCCUCUACAACACCACCAGGGUGAGCAACAGCAACGGUACCGUCACCGUCACCACCACAGCUCUGCUGUCAGCUUCCAGCAGCACACAGGUUGGAUGUUCAGUGUCAGUUCUCUCUGCUGCUCCCAGAGAGCUGCUGCUCAACGUUCCUGGACCCUCACACACGUCUGGUCAUGGUUUGGAUGAAGACUCUGGAACUGAUCACAGAGAGCUCGGAUGGCGUGUAGGUGUUGCUCUAGGGUUGCUCAGUGGAGCUUCUGUUGUGGCUUUAUUCUCCAUUUGGUGUAUGAAAAAAAGGCAUCGUAACAGCAAGCUCCAAAAGAAGGAAAAACCAGAAGAAGAGACCAGAAAUCCUCAGAGUGAAGAACAGCAGAUGCCUAAACAGAAAACUGAGGAAACGACAUCUGUCCUGAUUUAUAGACAAUCCUGCAAAUCACCAAGAUCACCAACAACACCUGAUAUAGAAAGCUGUGGACCUGAUGGCAUAAACCUUCAUAAAAAACUGAUAUCCAAGAAAUCAACAUAAUAUAAUAGAACACUUAAAUUGUAUUUGUAUAUGAAUAUAUUUUCUCACCAUU